CGCUUUGUUGUACCUCCGAGCCAGAAGUCUGAGGGGAAAAAAAUAACUUUGACUUUAAGAUAAACCGCUUAGGUCGAGCUGUGAUAAAUACUCAUUCGGUCCGGCCAUAGAGAGCAUUCAAUUUAACACGGAGUUAUGUCGCGACGGUAUGCGGAAAACAUCGCUCUUUUGAAGAAGUAAAGCAGCUCUCUAGCGAGCUAGCGUUAGCCGUUUUUGGGAGUGUGUCCAGAUUGGAGUAAGAAGGAAUUUCAGGCACUGGGAAGGAAGGGAGAAAAAAGUCACGACUGUGAUGCCUUAUCUAAGCUGGGAAAAUGUAUUUUAAAGUGCCGUAUCGAAUCACUCAGCAGUUUUGCGAAAUAUGAGUACAGUUUAAAUGACAGCAAGCAUUUAGUAACAAUUUGAUGGUGCUUCUGUUACUGUUAACCUACUAGUUAGCAAAGUUAGCCACGUAGCUAUCGCUAGAAAGACAUUUAAAAUGGCGGAGGGCUGGCCCAUUCCUUUGGCCCUCGUCUUCGUGUUGUUGAGUUGUAGUGCCUCGGCGCCUCACUCUUGUCCGGCUCCGUGCUCAUGUUUAAACGGACAAGACGACGUACAAAUCAUGGACUGCAAUAGAAAACGGCUAUCGACGGCUCCCCAUAAUCCUCCUACUGGGAUAACACAAUUCACCAUUAAUCACAAUGAACUGACUGCUCUUCCCUUUCUCGGAGACGUUUCCUAUAACAUCACUUUGUUGUCAAUAGUUCACAAUCGGAUCACUGAGCUUGCAAUGCAUCAUUUGCAACCUUAUGUUUCCUUGGAAACACUAGACCUAACGUCCAACUCCAUCUCUGAGCUGAGGGUUGGAGCCUUCCCAUCCAUGCAGCUGAGAUAUCUGAAUUUAAGUAAUAACAAGAUCAGCAUCCUCGAGCCUGGCUGCUUUGAAAACAUCUCCAGUUCCUUGCUGGUGCUAAAGCUGAACAGGAACAGAAUAGUUGUGCUCCCAUCCAAAGUCUUCAGGCUUCCACAGCUGCAGUUCCUUGAGUUGAAACGCAACAAGAUCAAGGUGGUGGACAGUCUGACUUUCAAAGGGAUGGACUCCCUCAGGUCGCUAAAGAUGCAAAGAAAUGGCAUCACAAAGCUCAUGGAUGGAGCCUUUUUUGGACUGAACAACAUAGAGGAGCUAGAGUUGGAGCAUAACAACCUGACUGAGGUCAACAAAGGCUGGCUGUAUGGCCUGCGCAUGCUUCGAGUGCUGCGGGUCAGCCAAAACGCCAUCGGCAUCAUCCGACCAGAUGCCUGGGAGUUCUGCCAGAAGCUGGAGGAACUAGAUCUGUCCCUCAACCAUAUGACUAGGCUGGAGGAGACCGCUUUUGUCGGACUAGGUCUCCUGGAGAGCUUGAACCUUGGAGAGAACUCUAUCAGCCACCUGGGAGAGGGAGUCUUUGGCAGCCUGGCCAGCCUUCGCACUCUGGACAUUCGCAAUAAUGAGAUCUCUUGGGCCAUUGAAGACUACAUAGGUGUGUUUGAUGGGAUGAAGAAGCUGAACACAUUAAUUCUUCAGCGAAACAAGAUCAAAUCAAUCACAAAGAAGGCCUUUGAGGGCUUGGAGGAAUUGGAGCACCUGGACCUGAGCAAGAAUGGUAUCAUGUCAAUACAUCCUGAGGCAUUGUCACAUAUGAAGUUGAAAGUAUUUGUGCUCAACACCAGCAGUCUGCUAUGCGACUGCCAGCUGCAGUGGUUGGGGCAAUGGCUGACUGACAGCCACUUCCAGCAGUCAGUCUCUGCUGUGUGUGCCCACCCCACCACCUUACUGGGUCGUAGCGUUCUGUCUGUCAGUCCAGAGGAGUUUGUUUGUGAUGAUUUCCCUAAGCCUCAGAUCACAACUCAUCCAGAGACCUCCGUGGCACUGCGGGGAAACAAUGUGAGCCUGAGCUGCAUUGCAUCUAGUAGCAGUGACUCGCCCAUGACCACGGCUUGGCGGAAGGAUGGGGAGGUGCUGUAUGAUGCAGAGGUGCAGAACUAUGCCCGCUAUCAGGAGGGUGAGCUCAUCUAUACCACAGUGCUUCACCUCCUCAAUGUCAACUUCACUGAUGAGGGGCGCUACCAGUGCGUGGUUUCCAAUCACUUUGGCUCCAACUACUCUAACAGGGCCCAGCUUACAGUCAAUGAGCUGCCAUCCUUUCUCAAAACUCCAAUGGAUCUGACCAUCCGAACUGGGACGAUGGCCAAGCUGGAGUGUGCAGCAGAAGGCCAUCCUUCGCCCCAGAUUGCCUGGCAGAAGGAUGGAGGCACUGACUUCCCUGCUGCCCGAGAGCGUAGAAUGCACGUGAUGCCAGAUGAUGACAUAUUCUUCAUUGCUAACGUGAAGACGGAGGACAUGGGAGUGUACAGCUGCACGGCCCAGAAUGCAGCGGGGAGUCUGUCAGCGAAUGCCACGCUCACUGUGCUGGAAACUCCAUCUUUCAUGCGACCUUUGGAAGACAGAACUGUCGCCCGUGGGGAGACUGCAGUGCUCCAGUGCAUAGCAGGGGGCAGCCCGGCCCCGCGCCUCAACUGGACCAAGGACGAUGGCCCCCUGGUGCUGACAGAGCGGCAUUUCUUUGCCGCUGCCAACCAGCUGCUUAUCAUUGUGGAUGCUGGACCUGCAGAUGCUGGUAAAUACACCUGCAUCAUGUCUAAUACGCUGGGCACAGAGCGCGGCCACAUCUACCUGAGUGUGUCACCAUCUCCAAACUGCGACACGGGUGUGGGAUAUGACCAGGAUGGCUGGACAACUGUUGGUAUUGUGGUGAUUGUGGUGGUGUGCUGCGUCGUGGGGACUUCGCUGGUCUGGGUCAUCGUUAUCUAUCAUAUGCGCAGGAAGAGUGAAGACUACAGUAUCACCAAUACCGAUGAGAUGAACUUGCCGGCAGACAUCCCCAGUUACCUCUCCUCACAGGGCACUCUGUCAGAACCACAGGAAGGUUACAGCAACUCUGAAGCUGGCAGCCACCAGCAGCUCAUGCCUCCUCACUCCAACAGUUACAUCCACAAAGGCACAGAUGGUGUAUGUUACGGAGAUACAGCUAGCGAGGUGGAGACGGAGGGGAGCGGCAUGCUGCACUACAGGGUGGGCUCACUGUUCACCGGCCGCAGCAGCUUCCACCCCGGGGAGUCCUGCGAUGUGCUUGCCGGAGUCCCCACAGGGGGUGCAGGUUCAUUGGUGAUCUGCUCUGACUGCUAUGACAACGCCAACAUUUAUUCUCGGACACGAGAGUACUGCCCUUACGCCUACCUGGGGGAGGAUGAUUCACUUGCCAAGACACUGACAGGCCUGAAGGAGACCUUCAGUGAGCACACUCAGCGUAAGGACGGCACUCUCGAAAGUCUAAUCAGCAACCAGGAUCCCACCAUUUUCUUGGCCUCCCAAGACAGGAUGCUGAGCAACCACACUUCCCCAGAGCAAUAUGCUAACGAUGCUCCCAAGUCUUUUUGGGGGGAGAGGGAAGACCCGUCCUCAAGGCUUCAGCAGGGAAUGUCUCAGCGCCCAGUGAAUGUACAUCGGACCCCGCCAUUGACCUCCCCUGGUGAUGCAUCAGAGGAUCGGAUUGGAGCAGAGAUGGACUGCUUCCCCAACCAGUGCACACAAGACCACAGAAGUGCCUCCCAUAGGACUAACCUUCAGGAGUAUUCCACCCCCACAUAGGCCCUUUUACCUUUCUCCUUGGCCAUUUUUUCCUCCGAUGACUCCCAUCUUGUGGCCCUCUCUCUCUCCACCUGCUACCUCCAAAGAGACUUACACUCUGCCAAAGAUGCUCUCUUAUAUGUUUACACUUCCCUCUGCACCCCAAGAGGAAAUGCUCUAUUGUUUGUUCUCUGCUUUGGAAAGACUGAUAUGUCAGGGCUGCUGGAAAUAGGCUGGUAAUUAAAAGUGACCUCCUCCUUGUCAACACCCAACCACCACACUAACACUUCCACAGGACCUGUUCUCCAACACCCUCCAAUCUUCCUCUUUAUCUCUUUCCAGAGAAAGCUAAGAAUUCUCUCUCCAGAGAGGUCUAUGAAUGUAUGCUUCAAAGAGCCAUGUAGGAUGCUGCCAUGAGAGGAUGAUGAAACAUCUUCAGUACUUAAAAAGUUCUCUGCUUUCUCCCUUGAUACCCUGGGGGUGAGGGGCUUACAAUUUGGGCCAGUGUAUACUGCUUCACACUGGUGUUUUUGACUCCUUAUUUCCUGUAGAGAGACGGUUAAGAGCAGCCUGAAAGACUUUGAUAGAUAGCCUUGAACGAUCCCUUCCCAAGUGGAGGGGGAAAUGGAGUUCAGAUGGGGGACAAUUGUAGUUCCUUGACCAGCAGUUUGUGAUUCUCAAAGCAGAACAGAAAGCUUGGAUGCAUACGUCCCACAUUCCCUGUUGACUCUAAAUUAGGAUAUUAGGAGUCCUGUUAUGCAAAACCCAGAGACAAAUGGCACCAAAAUGUGGCGUAUAUCAUAAAUAUAUACACAUAUACAUAUAUAUGUAAAUAUACCCUAUAACAUCUCUUCCUACUCUCAUUUUUUUCCCAUGUCCAAGAUUAUUGUAAAUUACUUUUUAUGGGUCUUAAUUUUUUUUCCUGGUAAAGCAUACAAAGUUUGCACAUUUGACAAUCAUAGUUUUGCUGUCUAGGGUCAUCUUCUAUUGGCCUUUUUUUUAACAAGCAUUCUCAAUCACCUUUAUCAGGUAAUGUCACGUUUAUAUCUCCAGCAUGCACUGAUUUAUUUUUCCCUUUGCCAACAUAUCUUAUGGGCACUUAAUGUAAUGAUGGUGCUCUUAAUCAUACAGUCUGAAUGCCAUGUUCAUGGCUUUAAGGGUUUUAUAUCACAACUUAAUUUCCCACAUUUUGUUAACCCUCCUUCAAUAUUGAUUAGGCCUAGACUUUUUCCCCCUCGGGACUGUGAAAAAGGAGAAUGUAUUGUAUUAUACAUGUAUGUAUGUGUAAAUAAAGCUAGUAAUCUAUUCAACCCCAUAUCCUACUACUCUUAAGGAGAUGUUUAACUCCUAAACUGCAGUAACUCUAUUAUUAUUCCUCUCUCUUAAGGCUGUAAUAUCCCAGCAUUAUUCCAUAAGACAUAGACUAUUUCAUUGAAUUUGAACUAAUCCUCACAUGUUGGUACAGGUAAAAAGUGUGAUCCAUGGUUCUCAUAUAAAAUGUAAUGGUUACACUUGAUCUGUGAGCAUUUCUCGCACUUGAUAGAUGCCAAUUAUCAAAAGUUUUGUGGGAAAUCCAAAAUUCUAUUAUGCAACAGAAAGUGAUCUUGCUGCAUCUGGUUUGAUCUGGAAUCAUUUGUCUUGUCAGUCUUAGAUGAGUUCUUGUUAAUUCUGAGUUGGCCAAACAUGACUGCGAUAACUUAGUGUUUCCAUGUUUGUUAUUCUCCAGAAAAAAACUUUGAUUGAUGUUUUCUGAAUAUAAACCAAUUAUGUUCACAUCUCUAGCAGUUGCAAUGUUAGAAGAUUGAUUCAUUCCUACAAUAGAGAGUUCGGGCUCAUUAUUUUUGGUACAUUUGCAUUGUAUAAAAGAUAAAACUCUUCAGAGACAUUGUGCACAGAGGCUUUGUAAAACUUAACACAGGUACGUUCUCCAAGUUCUUAUUUGAUUAAGCAAGGACUUGUUCGUCUUUUUUUUUUUUUUACUCUGUGAUACUGGUAGAAAGUGCUGAUACUAUAUUAGGCCACAAUACUGAGUACACUGUCCUAUCAUGGACACCAACAGUCAAGUGUUAAAUGAUGCUGAAAUUGUUAAUCUAAUGAUUACUGUUCCAUGUUAGAUGGGGUAAUACCAUUGGUUCAGAGUCCCAUUCUUAAAAUGUAUGUACAGCAGCCAAACUCAUCCAUUGCAAUUAUCAUUAGUUAUUGAUGUAUAUUGGCCUGUCUGGUUAGGAUGAGCAUUCCAGGACAAUGUGGGUAAUGUAAUUUAUUACACGACAUGCCAGUGAUUUUAUUGGCUGAUCUCAAGUCUCAUAGAAAUGGACAGUGUCCACUAUUCUUGUCUCAGAAAAUUUCACAGAAGAGUAUUUUAUGAUUUUGAUGAAAUGCAUCUUGUUCAUCCAGAUGGUACUACAAUAGACAGAUGACAUGGGAGUUGGUUGAAAAACAGGGUUAUUUGCCUGUUAACUGUUAUUCGCUCAAGAGACUCGAUCGCUCUGGAUGGAAAAUCACUGCAUGACAGUAAGUUACGUCACUGGAAACGACGUAACCAGACCUAGUCAAACUAAUCCCAUCCAGAUAGGGUUCAUGUGAGAGUACUACAGAUUAAAUAGACAUACUUGCUUAGCAAAAGAGCAAAAAGUGGUAUUUGUGUAUGUCUGCUUUGUGGUAACUAUGUUCAGGUAUGUGAUUGUCGCACAGCUUCUGCUUAUUCCCGGGGUUUUUGUUUGAUCAGGUUUGCCUUGGUAUAUCAAAUCAACCCAUUCCAAGUCUAUGCAUUUUCAUUCAGCAUUAACUAGAAAAGGGGUCAAUCAGGCCUUGUUUUGUUUCCUGCUAGACCAUUAGCCAGGAUUAAAUCAACUUGAAAUUCAACGUUUGACUACCCAUCUGUCACAUUCUGAUGCACUACUUGCUCCAAUGGAAGCAGUUUCUUAUGUUUUGGUAUCCCAUUUGGAUCCUUUUAAGUGCUGGCCAAGUUCAGUUUAAUGCUCCUGGGGAAAUGAGAAAUUUGAAUGAAAAUAUACAAUGACCAUUCAAACCAAUGGAGCUACAAUAUACUUCUACAGGACAUACAUGCACAUAUUUGUUUUAUGUUCUUCCAGAAUAAUAUGUGUAUUUGCAUUGUUUUAUGAUUUUAACAUUCUUAUGACUCUAAACCAAAGUUGAGCAGUAAUGCCCUUGCAAUAUUGAGUGCUCCUUUUUUUCUAUUAGAAGAUUUUCUGUUGUUUCAACUUUAUUUUUGAGCUUUGUGUACUUGUACAUUGUGUAAAGCAUGUCUAAAGAGUCUUUUUGUUACAUAGCUGUUACUCAAACAUUAAACAUCAAUUCUG